AUGAUUAGUGUGCUAACUAAACGAGAUCAUAACAUAACGCGAGUAAUUUUUGUAAGUUCUUUUUAUACAAUAGUGCAAUUUAUUUGGAAUUUACAAUUAAUACUAGAAUUCAAAAUGCUUCAACAAAUCCUAAGAGACAUGUACGUGGAUCCGGAAAUCCUGGCCGAAUUGGACGAGCAACAAAAACAAACUCUAUUUUGUAAGAUGAGAGAAGAACAAGUGCGUAGAUGGAAAUCAUGGAAUGACAAAGUGGUGGAUGAGCAACCGAAAACGAGAACGAAGAAGAAAAAAAGUGUCAGUUUUUUGAAAGGUGUUGAUGGUGAACCAUGGGUAUGGGUGAUGGGCGAACACGAAAACGACAGAAGCAUAGAAGACAUUCUAAACGAAGAAGCUAUAGAAGAAGCUCGAAAAAUUGCAGAAAAAGAAACCGAACAAAUGCGUAAACAAAUGGAAGCUCAACUGUCCGAAUACAUAGAUUUGAGUCCUAAAAUCGAAGAUUUAUCCCCAUCUAAGCUCGAUUAUGAGGAUGAUAUUGAUAUUUAUUGUUCAGUAGAUGAACUUCGAGAGAAAAUCAAUAAGAAACCAGCCAUACCUAAGAAACCCAGUUACCAACUGAACACUUAUCCGAAUAAAAAUAAGCUCAACCUUGCGGAUAGCAGAGAAGUGUUUCAAGAAAUAUCUAUUAACACUCAAGUGGCGCAACGGGUAGCUUUAUGGGAGAAAAAAUUGACUGAAGAAAGAACAACCGAAAUUUUUAAGCGUAUAAGAAUGAAACAGGAAGAAGCUGACAGAGAAGCUGAGGAAGAAGAAAAAAAGAAAGAUCAGGUGUGGAGAGAACAAGAACGUAAAGCAAAAGAAGCCGAGCAACAAAUACGCGAAAUUGCUAGGAGGGCACGAGCAGAACACCGAUUAACUUCAGAUAUGGAUUUUGAUACAAACUAUGCUACAGUUAACUCAGGUGUACCACCUGGCCGACAGGCAGUACUUGAUUGGUACAGACAAAAGGAGAAAUGUAGAUUGGCUGGGGUGGAUAUGGCAAAUAAUAUUGAAUCAUGGUUUCAUGGUCUUAUAACUCGAUCUCAAGCUGAAAAACUCCUGCUCGAUCAACCCUAUGGGACGUUUUUAGUGCGACUUUCGGAAAAAGUUUGGGGAUAUGCGAUUUCAUAUAGGGCGCACGAAAAAUGCAAGCAUUAUUUGGUUAAUGCCUCGCAAAAAUACAGUUUUUGUGGAAAUAAUCAAUUGGAACAUGAUAGUUUAGGUGAUCUCGUGAAAUACCACUUUACACAACCCUUGACCGGUGGCGAAAAACUGUUGCAACCAUGUCCAAGAGUGGACUCGUCGGCUAUAGAAGAACUAUUUGGAGCCUAGAACUGAUGUUUUGUAUGAGGAUUCUGUGAUCGUUUUCGGCAUUUUUAUAUAGAAAUCCGACUUUAUCAAUAUUAUGCGUUUAUAGGCUUAUAUUAAGUGUUGUACUAAUAACAUAACUCGAUAUUUUUUUUGACUUAUUAGAUAUUAUUUUAUAUAACAAUUAUAGGUUUGUUCAUCAAUAAUUGAUGUUCUAGAAAAUGAAGGACAAUUAUCGAUAAACUGUUUACAGUUAAUUGUGAUUUUUUUUCUAAUAAUUAUUAUAUUCAUUAUAUGUAUCUCCUGCCCUUAUUUAGUUAUAUAUAUUUUUAUAUGGUAGUAAUCGUAUUAGAUUUCUCAGUGUGCCUUUGCGAAUUAUGUUAUUUUAUUAUUAUUAACUUCAUUUUGUAUUAAAUAAAAAUGAUUUUCCUAAACAAUUAAAUAAAAAUUCUAUCAUGCCUUUAUUUACAAAUUACAAUUAAUAGGGGAAAUGUAAAUUAAUACAAGUAAAAAUUUAUUUGUAAACAAAUUUCGACUUUUCCUUAACAGGCAUUGGUAAGCUUAUGUCCAGGAUAUGGCGUUUUCUUUUAGCUUUUCUAUACCUGUAAGCCUAUAAUAAAAUAACAGUUUUAAUAUUUACAAUAUUAAUUUACUAGGUCUGUGCUUUAUUAGUUAUGUAAUGUUGGCGUUUUUAGUGGAAGGCGAUGUUUGUGAAGUUGCUGAAGGUAUUCUCUGAAAAAAUGAAAAAAAUAAAGCACA